AUGUCUUUGACAAGGCUUAUUCGUGAAGCAAAGGCAGGCAACGCUUCAGCGCUUCAGGAACUAAGUGGCAAAGUCAACCAGCAAAACUUCACCCCGUCGAUGCUGGAAGCGUCGUUGAACCACCUCCGCUUGGAUCUCAUUCCAUGCACGACCUCAGAGCAGAUCACCUUCCGCCUGCAAUACGCAAUACCCCUCUUCCGAGUUUGUGUCAUUUUCUACAAGCCGAGCGUCCAAGGACCGAAGGGCGUGAUGAUGUUAUUAGAGCGUCUCGAAGGAAUCCUCACCUGGUUUCGUGUUUGUAUGGUGUACUCCACGACGUUCUCUACAGGUCGACGACUCGGCGCGGAGGUGGAUUUUAUAGCGGAAACAGUGGGGCUGAUGGUAGAGCUCGACGCCGACCUCGCUGACUUGAUCCUGCGCUCCAAGACGACGGUAGAAAUUCUGUUGCAGGCGUGGUCCUCGCGCCUCACCAACGACGCCAACCCUCCGUCCCCAUUCUCUACGAACCAAUGUCCCAUCAUCCACCUCCUCGCUAAAUUCGGUGACUGCGAAGACGGGAUGGAGCAGCUCGGCGCCUCCUCGCGGGGGCGCCUCGCGUCGUUCGGCAGCGGCCUCCUCUUACGCAUCGCCCACACACCCGUGCUGACCAGGAACGACAUGACAACGACGCGCCAUGUAGUAUCAGCUACUUCCUGCCACAUUCUGCCCCUCCUCAUCUCAUCGAUGAACCUGGUGCAGUUCCCCCAAAUCCAUCGCUACCUGCGCAAAGCCGGCCUCCUCUACCACGUCGCCCGCGCAGUCAAGAUUCUCCAGGUUUGCCUCACACCCGCAGACACCUACCUCGUCGCGUGCUACGCUAUCCGCCUGUCCUACCAAUCCCACGCAAACGCUGUGCAAGGGUUCACCCAGGUCCUUGAGGAAGGCGUCCUGGAAGUGGUGAUCGACGCUAUCAUCGCGCAUGGAGGGCGACCGAUCGUACCUCGCGGAUCUUCAUUCUCGCCGAACAUGCUCUUGCGGGCCCUCUCCGCGUUUUCGUAUUUCCCGCGCACGCUCAAGGCUCUCGCGGAAGCUAUCGAGCGCAUCCCAGCGGCCAAGUGGGCUAGACUGGAGCGCAUGAAGAGUCCGGUUUAUCCAGAGGCAUGGGGGGAACGUUCGGCAGUCGGUUGGGUAUAUGGAGAGUAUGGUGGAGGCGGUGAAGGGGUAUGGUAUUACGCAGUGCGAUAA